UUGCGUUCACUCCUCCAUAUACUCAAAAAACAUUAAAUGAACGCAAAUCAUAUUGGGAGAAAGCUAAAAAGCUUAGUCAGGGAAACAUGGUUUGUCUUCUCUGGCCAAAUGAAGAUAUACAUAGGGGGGGGAAAUCCGUCAACGUCACAAAAUAUACCAUCUAUUUUGGCACGAUCGCCCGAAGGGAUGACAAGAUGCUAUCAGAAGAAAAAGAUGUCGCAAAAAUCAACAUUAAUUUUAUUAAUCUUUCCAUAUACUCGGUCGCUAUGAGAGAUAUUUCAAACAGAAAUGCUAAUGGUAAAAUGAACAGGCAUUGUUUUAUGGUUGAAUCGACGGACCUUCUUUUUGAAAGUUAUAAGAAUAUAUUGAAGACACUUCAAGAAUCCCAACCAGAAUCUCUUCCAUUUGGUAAAUACCUCGCUCCACGAAUAGAUGGAGACGUGUCUGACGUGGUCGCUAAUGUCGACCCGCCAAUCUAUUCCAUAGCUCCUGGCUUCAGAUUUGAUCUCUCGAUUUUAAUCGAUGAUAAAAGCAUGGAAUUGCGCUUGGAUACCGGAGACGCACAAUCCAAAAACGAGGCCAUCGAAUGCCUGGAAAAACAUAGCAAACUUGACAAAACUCAAUGUAAUGCACUUUUUUCUUUGAUGCGAGAACUCCCUAGAUCUUGGCAUUUACUCAAUGAUCUUUAUGCUACAAUAGCUCAAGCGCUUGUCUCAGCUCUAAGUCGGGAAAUUGCAUUGAUCGAAGGACCUCCUGGAACGGGAAAAUCUUAUAUCGGUGUUCAAAUUUGUGCAUCAUUUUCGUCCGAUUCCCUAAGAAAGUCCAUAAAACUGUUGAUGCUUAUACGAAAAGCGCCAAGCAUAUCUUCCCUGAGCAAACGAAACU